GUUCAUCCAGAUACAUUUUCUAGAAUGGCAUCUAAAUGUGUUUCUAAAGAAGUCAUUGCUGGUAUUGAGGCUGCAGCACUCGAAUGCCCUUUAUGUAUGGACCGUUUUACAGACCCAAAGUUACUCCCAUGCGUCCAUUCAUUUUGUCUUCUGUGCCUUGAGAAAUGGACAAAAGAACGCAAUGGAAUACUUAGCUGUCCAACCUGUCGUGAAAUCUUUCAAAUUCCAACAGAUGGUCUUAAAAAACUGCCGAACAACAUUUUUAUCAUUGGAUUGUUAGAAUAUGUGACUAUACUCGAACAGAAAUCAGCACUCACUUGUGCUUGUAAGAAGGAAGCAUGCUACUUCUGUCGAAACUGCGAUGAAUUGUACUGCACAGAAUGCAAAGAUGCUCAUGGAAAAAUAAAAAUUACCAGAGACCAUACUAUGCUGACAUUGGAAGAGUACAAAUCCUUCAAUCCAGUUACGGAAUUUGCAUCAAAGCCUUUGAACUGCCCUAAACAUACAAUGCCAUUUCAGUUCUUUUGUGACACAUGCAAGAAACCUGUUUGUGUUGGAUGUACACUUGUUGAACAUCGUAUAAACGACAACCAUAACAUCAUCGAUACAAAAGAUGCUUUCAAAACCUUUUCAACUCUUGCUUCUCAACUUGUUUCAACGUCGGAUGGAAAAAUACUCAAUAUUCGUGCUGUGAUUAAUGAACUCACAAAGACAAAAUCUGUUUUGAAUGCAAUUUUCUCAAAAUAUAAAACGGAUAUAAUAAGACAAGCGGAUGAGCUACACCAAUUGAUUGAUCGCCAUAAAGAAGACCAACUGCAGAAUCUUGAAGAAUCUCAUAAACAAAAGCUGAAGUCACUUGAAACUAAAAUCAGUGAUAUGGAAUUGGCCAUCUGUAAAUUAUCUAGUAUGCAUGGAAUUACGCACAACAUGUUAAAUUGUCCCAACCAAGUUAUGGCAUUGAUGUCAAGUUCUGCAGCUACAAGAAGACUGCAAAAACUGGUGAAGGGUGAAUACAGAAUGGAAUCUCAAGAUGUAGAUGUCUUGAAGCAUAAUCCUAAUAGCAGAUUAUCCCAAUUACUGAAGCAGCUACGUAGACCAGAAUCUCAAAUUUCACCUAACAAAUCAACAUUUAGCGAGCUACAGUAUGAACCGCAGGGUGAACCUUGCGGUGUACCGAAGGUUCAACCACAGGUUCAACCAUUUUUUGGUUUACAAUUUAAUCCUUCUUUUAAUGUACCAGUAUUUACCAGUAGAAAAAAAAUUAUAACAACUCGAAAUGCAUUUGGUGAUACUGUGUAUAAUAUGGAUGUAAAAGUGAAAUGUUUACAUUUAUCAAUAAACAGAAAAACGUGUAGUUCUCAACAUAAAAAAUGUGAAUGCGAGAAAAAGGUCAAAAUGGUUAGUGUUGCUGACAAACAAAAUGGAGUUUAUGAGAUUUCUAGUGACAUUUCUUUUGAGAGUUGUACAUUAUUAUGUCUGAUGAUUGAUAGAUCUGAUGCAUUUGUAAAUAUGGUAGAGUUUGAUAGACAUGGAAGACUGUCAAAAUUCAGAAAUAACUUUCAACCAUUGUAGUUGUGAUUAUGACAUACUUCACACAAUUUAUAAGAUGUUGCGACAAUCAUUUAGUCAUAAGCGUCUUCUUAUACAUUACAGGUGUAUAUGAUUUUUUAGUACAGGUAGCUAGUUUUAUUUUUUUUUAAAUGAUUGUACUGUACAGGUAUUAUAUUUUAUGGAAAUAGGCCCUUUAUUGUAUACAGGACAUAUUUUGUUAAUACAGAAUACUGUAUGGCCAUGCAUUUUAUGUUUUAAUUAUUCAAACAGAUUGGUGGUGUUACAGAUCUGAUAUCAUGCUUGAAUAAAUCUUAAAUAUUUAGGAAUAACUAAUGCUAGAUCAAUACAAUAAUUUAGUAUUUGAAAGCUAUUUUUUUUUUUGGGGGGAGGGAAAUAAGGGUGGCACAGCAGAAGUUGCACUAGCAGAAUGAAGUAGUGCUGCGUAUACACACUAAUAGGAAAAAAGUAAUAUUUUCAUAUUUUAUCAAAGUAGUUUACAAAUAUGGACUGUUUAUUUAAAGGUAAAACCAUAAUGAAUUACAAACGUUGGUGAGCUUAAAGCACAUGGCCGUUGCCCAUAAUAUGGGCAACGGCCAUGUGCUUUAAGCUCGCCAAAUUUUGUGAUACAGUACAGUAAUAUUAUUCUGUAAUGUUUAAAUUUUUAAAACUUGUUAGUUUAGUAUGUUAAGUCAUUAGUUGGAGGUGCCAGCCUUAUUUGGCAACAGUCAUGUAAUGAAGAAUCAUGUAAUGAAGAAUCUGCUUCGGUGGUUUUUUAUUAAUCUUUUUGAACCUUUCUACUUUUUCGUUUUGUUUUUUCUUUUUUGUUUUUAAUUUGGCUUGAAAUUUCUUUUGAUGCUGCCUUCAGCCUUCUUGGUUUUUCCUCUUAAGGACCCCAAUGGAAAUAAGACCUUUUUAGGACUUUUUUGGGCUGUCCUUGCAUCACCUUUGAAUUAAUUCCUCCAUCAAUCUUCUUGGACUUUGUACUGGCCUUUUGCUUGUUUUCUUGGUUAACUUUUUCUAAUGAAUUUUAUGCUUUUUACAUUGUGUAUUGUUAUUUAUAUGAGAUGUGAAUAAAUCAAAUCAAAAUCAAAUCAAACAGUCUUCCUAUUUUCUGAUACAGCACUGUCUAAUACUAGUACUAUUGCUCUUUGUAUUUUUGCUUCAAUAAAAGUAAUGCUGACUUCUAAUUAUUAUUCCAUACCGGAAAGCUUGCUGUAAUACUGAUAUGCUGUCCUACAGUAUGUCUUGAAACCAACAACAUAUUGAUAUUCAGUCUAUUCAUUUAGAUGUAAUUUCUGUAAUUUCUACUUCACUUUACCCAGACCAAGGGUAGUAUACAGUAGCUGAAAGAGGUUUUAGCUGCUGUAGGGGCCUCAGGUCUUUUCGUUACGCCCCUGGUGAACAUGAUAUUUGAAUGGAUUUUUAUAAGCAAGGUUUUAAAUUUUAUCGAUCAUUCAAUUUCUUCACUUGGAGAUAAGUUGAUCUGAUUUUGAUUCUGCUUAAACAGCUUUUUAUUAUAAGUACAGUAUAUGUUUUAAAUAAUGUUAUGUUAAUAUAACCUAGUUUGAUAGUUGAGUUCUUGAUUUGAUUAAAUGUUAUGUGACAAUCCA